CAUUUCCACGAGCCGAUGACGCCCAAUAGUAUCCAGUCUUCAGACAGUUUGGCACAUAACCUUGGUGAAAGAAAGCGGUCGACAUGUCUUCCUCAAAAGUUGCAGUGGUUACUGGUGCCAAUAAAGGGAUUGGUUAUGCAAUUGUUCAAAGACUCUGCAAAGAAUUUCCUGGAACAGUAAUUUUGACAGCAAGAGAUGAGCAAAGAGGCAAGGAAGCUGUCCAGAAAUUAAGCAGUGAAGGACUCACAGUAUCAUUUCACCAGUUAGACAUCAUAUCAUUAGAAAGCAUUGAGAAGUUUAGAAAGUUUGUCCAAGACCAGUAUGGUGGUAUUGAUGUUCUUGUGAAUAACGCAGCAAUAGCUUACAAGAUGGCAUCAACUGCUCCAUUUACUGAACAGGUUGAGGUGACUUUGCGCACAAACUUUCGCGGCACUCUUGAUGUCUGUCGGGCUCUUUUCCCUCUUUUGAGACCACAUGCAAGGGUGGUGAAUGUGUCCUCCAGGGCUGGACGUUUGGCACAGGUUUCAAAAGAAAUUCAAGAGAAGUUUACCUCUCCAACUUUGACUGAAGAAGGCCUUAUUUCCUUGUUGGAUCAGUUUGCGCAAGAUGUAAAGGAUGGUGUCCAUAAGAAGAAAGGAUGGUCGAACUCUGCUUAUGGUACAUCAAAGAUAGGUUUGACAGCUCUUAGCAAGAUACAGGCAAGGGCAUUGACAGAAGAUCCAAGGGAGGACAUUUUGUUAAAUGCUUGUUGUCCUGGAUGGGUGCGCACUGAUAUGGCUGGACCAAAGGCACCAAAAUCUCCAGAUGAGGGAGCAGAAACACCUGUCUACCUGGCCCUUCUGCCACAAAAUGCUGGCAAACCACAUGGAGAGUUUUUUGCUGAAAAGGCUGUGCAUGAGUGGUGACCCUGUGCACAGUAAUGGUAACCAGCCUGUGCACAUGCCUAAAAGAGAAGUAUCAACCUGUCAUCCUGUGGAUAAAUAAACAAAAGCCACCAUUUAGUGCAAAAGUAUGCUGCAAUGUUUGUCCACAGACAGUAUCUCAUUGCACCUAUUGUUUAUAAAGCACUCUCUUUCAUGUCUUUAUCUGGAGCAGAGAGUAAAUGUGCAACAGACAAUGAUUGCAUGGAAACUUUGUAAUUUUUUAAAGUAGUGGAUAAUAAUCUUUUUGUAGUUCCAAAUGGUUUCAGUGUCAAAGAAAAGACAGAUAGUCCAUUAUAGUGCAGGGCCUCUGGCCUUUAUCAAUCAAACAGAUGUAGUUGUAACAUUAACAGGCUGUUGUGAUUUGUGUAGAGAAUGUUAUUGUUAAAGAGAACGAAACUAGCAAUAAGUAGUAGACAAUGUUUUGAGAUAAUAAAUGGUUUGAUUGCAUAUUAAGUCUUGUUAAUAGAUUUACUGCAUCUUCUCUUUGUUAGCCAAUACAUGUAUCACAUUCCAGUGCCAGUAGUUUGAGUCAAGAAAAGACAGUAGUACUGUCUGAUUUCAGAUGCUAUUGCCCUAUUUUGAACACUUCCACCCAAUAUCGCACAAGCUGUGGAAAGCGUUGAAGAUGUGCUCUGAUUGGCAAAUCAAACUCCAAAUAUUUUUUGCUAUUCGCCUUUGAGUAAGGCUUGUGCAUGCAGGAUUUGUGCCCGAAAAUAUUGUAAUCAUUGCAAGAAUAAAUAAACAUCUAUGUUAAAUCA